AUGAGCCCUACGCAGGACACCCUGUUCCGCUCGGCGGACAUGUGCCUUACCCAGCUCUAUAUUGCGAACGAAAUCGGACGUGAAGUCGUUAGCGCUCUUGGAGAGCUUGGGCAGCUGAAUGAAGAGACAACUGCAUUCCAAAAGACGUUUACGAGUGAGAUUCGACGAUUGGACAAUGUGGAAAGGCAACUUCGAUACUUCCAUUCUCAGAUGGACAAGGCCGAUAUUGAGAUGCGUCCAUCGGAGGAAUUCCCAAAUAACCUGGCGGCUCCCAUGGCCUCAGAGAUUGAUGAGCUCGCUGAACGCAGUGAAAGCCUCGAACAGCGUGUUUCGUCGCUGAACGAGAGCUAUGAAGCCUUGAAAAGACGUGAAGUUGAGCUCAUAGAGCGACGUUGGGUCCUGAGGGAAGCCGGUGGUUUCUUCGACCGGGCACACGGACAAACCGACGAAAUCAGACAGUCCUUUGAUAACGAUGAAGCUCCCCUCUUGAGAGAUAUGGAACAGCAGCCGCCAAGGGCUCAGAACGGAGAUGGCCAGCACGCAUCAUUUUCGGUUAUGGACAUUGGUUUUGUCGCGGGAGUAAUUCCUAGGGAUCGAAUCGGUGCCUUUGAGCGGAUUCUCUGGCGAACUCUCCGUGGCAACCUUUACAUGAACCAGUCUGAAAUCCCGGACCCUAUUGUCGAUCCUUCAACUAAUGAGGAGAUACACAAGAACGUCUUUGUUAUCUUUGCUCAUGGAAAAGAAAUCAUCGCCAAGAUCCGAAAGAUUUCUGAGUCUUUAGGCGCCAACCUACAUGCUGUGGAUGAGAAUAGCGAGCUUCGAAGAGAUCAGAUCCACGAUGUCAAUACUCGCUUAACCGAUGUGGGUAAUGUUCUUCGCAACACGAAGAACGCACUUGAUGCCGAGUUGACGCAAAUCGCUCGCUCUCUCGCUGCGUGGAUGAUCAUUGUUAAGAAGGAAAAGGCGGUUUACCAUGCUCUGAACAAAUUUUCCUAUGAUCAAGCCAGAAAGACCCUGAUUGCGGAGGCAUGGUGCCCUACAAACUCGCUUGGUCUUAUCAAGUCGACUCUACAAGAUGUCAACGAUCAUGCUGGUCUCUCGGUUCCGACGAUUGUCAACCAGAUUCGCACUAAUAAGACGCCGCCCACUUACAUGAAGACCAACAAGUUUACCCAGUCAUUCCAGCUUAUCGUCGACGCCUAUGGUACCUCCAAAUAUCAAGAAGUCAAUCCCGGUCUCCCAACUAUUGUUACUUUCCCAUUCUUCUUCGCCGUCAUGUUUGGUGAUUUCGGCCAUGCUAUGCUCAUGACAAUGCUUGCGAUCACCCUGAUUUUAUUCGAAAGAAAACUUGGGAAGACCAAGCUGGAUGAGCUGAGCUCCAUGGCGUUCUCUGGUCGAUAUAUUAUGCUUAUGAUGGGAAUAUUUGCCAUGUACACCGGAUUGAUUUACAACGAUAUCUUUUCGAAGUCGAUGGACAUCUUCCAGAGUGCUUGGGCUUGGCCAGAAGACUUUAAUGAAAAUGAAACCGUCUUUGCUGAGCUAAAGGGCUCAUAUAGAUAUCCAUUUGGUUUGGAUUGGGGAUGGCACGGAGCUGAUAACAAUCUGCUAUUCACCAACAGUUACAAGAUGAAGUUGAGUAUCAUUCUUGGUUGGUCACAUAUGACAUACUCGCUCUGCCAGUCCUUUGUUAACGCACGUCACUUCAAGAAACCCAUUGAAAUUUGGGGAAAUUUCAUUCCUGGAAUGAUCUUCUUCCAAUCUAUCUUCGGGUACCUCGUCUUUACCAUAAUCUAUAAAUGGUCUGUUGACUGGAACGGCCUUGGCCUUCCAGCGCCCGGUCUCCUGAACAUGCUUAUCUUUAUGUUCCUUCAACCUGGCCGUGUUGAUGAUGAGCUAUACCCUGGUCAGGCAACUGUCCAAAAGAUUCUGCUCUUUAUAGCCCUUAUCCAAGUCCCGAUACUUCUUCUUCUCAAACCUCUAUAUCUCCGCUGGGAACAUAACCGUGCACGCGGCCUUGGUUAUAGAGGUCUCAACGAAGCUGCCCACGCCAGCGCUGUGGAUGAUGACAAUGAACAACAAACCCUGAUUUCUGGCGGGCAGCGCGAUAGCAUGGACGAGGGAGAGGGUAUUGGCAUGGUCACCCAAGAUAUGAGUGAAGGUGAAGAGCACCACGAGUUCGAAUUUUCAGAGGAAAUGAUACACCAAGUCAUCCACACUAUUGAAUUCUGUCUCAACUGUGUAUCCCACACCGCAUCCUACCUCCGACUUUGGGCCCUCUCCCUUGCUCAUCAACAGCUUUCCUCUGUACUAUGGAGCAUGACCCUCGGGAAUGCAUUCCUCCAAACUUCUCCCACUCUCCGAGUGAUCAUGACUGUCAUCACAUUCUACCUCUGGUUUGUACUUACGAUCUCGAUUCUCUGUGUCAUGGAAGGAACCAGUGCUAUGCUUCACUCCCUCCGUCUUCACUGGGUUGAAGCAAUGAGCAAGCAUUUCAUUGGUGACGGCAUACCAUUUACGCCUUUCAGCUUCGAAGCCAUAUUGCAGGAGGAUCCAGUAGACUAA